AUGACUGAUAAGUUGCUUUACAGCAAUUCUCUGGCGUCAGCCGCCGAUGUCGCCGACUGGAUUGCCGAGGGUCCGGCGUCUGCAUCUACUUAUACAACGACAGAUGGCAGCAGUGUUUUAGAGCUGGCUUCAUCGGGCGGCGAGAACGACCAUUUCACAUUCUGGUGCCCUGAAGUCUUUGGUGACCGCAUCCGCAUCACCUGGGAGUUCUCUCCUGUUGCGGAACCGGGCUUGGCAAUGCUAUUUUUCGGGGCUGCCGCUGCAGAAGACGGCAGCAGCAUUCUCGGACUGCACGUCAAAUCCCGAUCUGGUGCCUACCCACAAUAUCACUCCAGUGACAUCCGCACGCUGCAUGUGUCCUACUUCCGGCGACGAUGGGAGGGCGAACGGGCUUUUCAUACCUGCAACUUGCGCAAAUCACCGGGUUUCCAUCUUGUCGCCCAAGGCGCCGACCCAUUGCCACCUGUUGUAGACGCCCGCGGUGCUUUUUACCGGGUCGAGCUGGUCAAGGAUGGCGCCCAGGUGCGCUUCAGCAUCGACGACCUCCCGCUCUUUUCAUGGACCGACACCGAGGAUGGAAUGACCGGACCCCUAGUCCGCGGCGGGCGUAUUGGUCUACGCCAGAUGGCGCCUCUUGUCGCGCGAUAUAGAAACCUGGAAGUGUGGGAGCUUGCCGCGAAGACACAACAAGCGUGA